AUGGCUUCAACUUCUGGAAGUGAAUUUGUAGUAAAUUCGGCUGCAGAGACUUCUCAAAACGUGGAUUUAGUGUUCGUAGACGAAGAUGAAAUGCCAUUGACUUCUGUAGCUAUAGGCACGGCAUAUUUAGAGCGAGAGUCUGACGAGGAAAUUGACUCAGACUUUUAUCAGACUGACUCUGAGGCUGAAGAAAGUGACGAAAAUGAAGAAUUACAACAAGCAGGUCCUCCCAGGAAGCGGAGACGUAUAGCACAGGGAGAAAACGAUGUUGUGGGCGAUCCUGUUUGGGUAGAAGACAUCAGGACGCAUUCAGACCUGCCUUUCACCCAACCCACGGGGCCUAAAGUUCGAAUGGGAGCGGAUCAAAAAGACCCAGGAAAAGAUGAUGAUCAACCAGAUCUGAGCAUGAUGGAUUUCCGGAUUCUGGUAAUCAGAGGUUUACAUGGUGGAAGGAGCUACAAGAUUGCCCCCACAGCUGCUGCACCUCAAAUAUCAAGAUUGAAUCUGUCUUUGGGACACUUCCCAGUCAAAGUUGACAAACGGUGUGCUUGUAAAGUUCACCUGCAGCGAGUGUUGACUUCAUACAAGUGUGGACUGUGUGGAGUCCACAUGUGCCCCAGCCCUUGUUUUGAGAAGUACCACACCCUCCAAGACUAUUUGUAUGAUGAUCCUGAAUAUGGAGCAGCAACCCCACUUCUGAAACCUUAGAAUCCUGGCAGGCCUUUUGCAAGAGGAAGACCUAGGCAGAUGAGGCAGUGAACUCUCCUAUAAGUAGCGGAACAUUGACCAUUGGUUGUCAAAAACUGUUCACUUAUUGCUGUUGUUGUGACACACCAUUGCCAACAGCAUACUGACAUUGUAGCACUGGUAUGUCCAACUCCAUGCUUA